GGUGCGCUUCCUCUUCCCGUGCUGGUGUCCGCCGCCAGACAAGAGAGAUAGAAAAUGGCGAGUCAAUGUAAAAGGCAGCAAUGCACACUCGACAGGCACGGCUUUCGGCAGGAACUUGAUUCGUGGCGACAUAAACUCAUUCACUGUGUAGGUUUUGAGAGCAUUCUCGAAGGUCUCUUUAGUCCAGAGCUGGUAGAAGACCUAAAAUUAUUUAAGGACUUUGAACCCACAGCAGUGUCUGACUGGUCAUUUGAUGAAAAUUGUCUAUUCUGCUGUUUGAGACGAGACAAAGUAAAGGAACACUUAAUUGGCUUAGGCAUCGAGGGGCUUGAAGAUACGCACAGACCUCUCCAGGUUAAAGAUCAGACUGCAAUCAGCAGACUAGAGAAACAAGCAGAGGAAUUUCUCAAUGCAGUUCUCUGCAGAAAAGAUGUGCCAAAUUUCUCGGACCCACACAUUCCAGUAGUGGCUCGAGAGAUCCUUCAGAGAAUGAUCCGACAGUUUGCUGCCGAAUAUACCUCAAAAACCAGCUCUCCUCAGGAAAGUUGCUCAAGUUCCCAGCCUCCCCCUGACCAAAGCCUGUCGACCCCCCCCUUGCUCUCAGGGGCUCCUCCUUCUACCAGCCCUGCUGCCACCCUGGCUGGGCCUGCACACAACCCUGUCCUCAGCAAGCUCCUCAUGGCUGACCAGGAUGCUCCUCUUGACCUCACCAUCAAGAAGCCCCUGGCUGUGCCUAGUGACCAAGAUGGAGUUCUUGACUUAUCUAUCAAAAAGAAUCGCUCUAGCAGCAGCAGCAGCCUGCCUGUCCGUAGUCCCUGCCUUUCUCCAGCCACAUCCACCGUCAAAGGUGAGUCUCCACACUUGGGUGUUGCAAAGGCAAAAGACCUGCAGUCCACGUCCACACUGGAACAGUUCAUGGCCAAACUCUGUCCCCACCACCAGAGACAGAUAGUAGAUGCCAUAGGUUUUCUACAGACUGAGGUCAAAGCACUGGCAUCUUCCAAUACACAGCAAGACUCUACCUCGACCUCUGGGAUCCAGGGAACUGCUUGUUCCACUGCAAAAUCCAGCGCAGUCACGCCUGAGAAGUCAUGCCCUGAGCUAAGGUUUCCCAAUGAACCUACUCCCAAGUCAGAAGUCCAGGAUAUGUCCCAUUUUAUCCCAAGUAGCUGUGCAAUGAAAAAAGUUCCAGAGAAAAUAUCUGUUACUGUUAGCCCUGCUUUGGAUCUUCGCAGCCCUGGGUCAGGGACUAACCAGGCUUUGGUCAACCCCACUGCUAGUCCAGCAGAUGCAGAGAACCGUCAUGGUGAUCAUGCACCUCUUAAGAUGAAAAUCAUGACCAGCAACGUUGCUGCUGGUAAGAAGCUGUCAUGUGUGCUCAACGCCAACAUUUCACUUCACCCUGAAACUGUGGAGGAAAGAGAGGGUAACUCAAAUUCAUCCAACAGAACAGAGGCUCACAGUGCUAGACUCUCCUCUGUGAAAAGACAAAAUCAAGCUAGUCACACACAUCAAGCUAGGCAGAGAGACACUCUCGGGCAUGCCAAAGAUACACCAGCAAAAGUGUUUUCAGUCCACAUGACCAUUCCUUCAGACUCUCCACGGACUGCCAGAAAGACUAUCAAGGCAUCCUCUGAUCAUCGGAUCCGGGACUCUGCUUGUAGGGGAAUGGUUGACCCUGAUCUCGGCCACUGUGAUAUUGUUUUUAUUGACAAACCAAUCACUGAGUGUUUUAAGGAGCAGCAGCGUAGCAUGCUCCCACGUCGCAAUGCACGAAAAAGCACCAGAGGGCAUAUGUAUUCAGAUGAAAUCUGGGAGUUAAAAACUGUCCGUACAUUGGCUGGGAGGGGCAACUGUCCCAAUCCAAUGCCAGAGUUGAUCACAUUGGUCACCCCAAAACAAAUGCUUUCAAAGCCUGAAGGAGUACCACUUGUGGAUAUGCCUUUUGUCGGAGCAUGCAGGGAGACCAUGAAUCAACAAAUGUCCACAGAAGAGUCAGAUGAGAAUGUGGUACCAGGAACAGGAGAUGUGGUGGAGGAAGCAGCCAGUGAAGUAGAUGUUAUAGUUGAAACUAGUCAGACAGAUCAGUGUCAGAGCAAGGGGCAGUCUGUUCUUCCGUCUCCCAUAAGGUACCCAACAGAGAACAAAGAAACAGAUAUGAACACAGAUGUAGAACAGGAUACUGCAGAUACAGGGACACCAGCAGGAAGUGAAGAAAGUGUUGCUCAGGCUCCAUUUGAAGCAGAAAAAGAUAAAGCGCCUGAGGACAUAUGUGAAAGUGCCGAGCAAAUAGUCGCAGAAACAGCUGAGGAACCAUUAGAGAAUAUUACUGUAGAAGGUGGUGAGCCCCAGCUUUCAUCAGAUAAACUGCUCAACAGUGAACCUGUUCUCCAACAGAAUAGCUCCCCAUCACCGGUGAAUCAAGUUGAUGAAAGUAGAGAGGAAAAUAUAAGGGAGGAAAUACACGAUGAGCAACCUCAGGAACUUCAAACACAGAUGCACAAUGGUAACUUUGAAGUGCCAGAAAACUCAAAUACCACAGGUUCAGCAGGGGAGAAAGAGAGAGAGCCAGAAAUAAAAACAUCUGAAGCAGUUGACCCUAUUAUGCCUUUAGAGACAGAAGAUGAUGAUGAUGACUAUGACUUGUCCUCUAAGACACUUGACGCACUCUUGAAGGAAUUACCCCCUUGGCGUAGAAAAAGAGGUACUGUAAUUUCGCUGCCAAAGCGGUUAAGACAAACCCAAUCACAGGUAGUGGGUUAUGUUAAUGGUAGACCCGUAUCAGCCUCGGACAGAAGUCUGCGGCGCAGGUCAAGUAACAGCACCACGUCACCUAAUAACACCCCUGUAAAAUCUAGUCAGAAUGUAUCCAAUAAGACUUCUCUUGAUUCAGCUGUUGAUACGACUUUUGAAAAAAACUAUUUGGAGAAUCUUCUACCUGAAACACACAUGCCUGUAAAAUCUAAUGAGACUACUCCUGUGAUUCAGCAGAUGAAAGAGCCAUCUUCUGCCACAGUUGAGACUACUCCUGUGAUUCAGCAGGUGAAAGAGCCAUCUUCACCAUCAAGGCCAACAUCUAAAUUUCCCGCAAGGACCAAACAAAUCCAGAAACAAAAGAGAGUUCAGAGAGAUCAGGGUGGUUUGCCUGUCGUCUCUGAUGAUCUUCAGAAUACUGAGCCCAAACGGCAACUUAGAUCAGCCGGCCAGAGGCCAGCUGGAACUCCAGCAUCACCACCCAGAUCAAAUGCUGUCACUUAUAUUUCAUCUCCAAAACCUACUGCUAUCCAUGUUCUUCCAUCUACAGAGCACCUCCCCUCCCUCCCCCUUCCUUCUCCGUCCCCUGUUACCUCUUCUCCUCUAAUCAUGUCAUCUCCCCAUUCAUCCUCUGCACAGCCCCAACAGAACACAGUCCCAGAGACAACCGUGGAGUUAAACAUUGGAAAUACUCAGCCAGUAAAGACCACCUCUGAAGAAACACAAAAAGGGGAUAGUAGAUUGCAGGCCAAACAGAAACUAAGGUCUGCAAAGGCUUUAGUAGAUGACAGUAAGAAUGAAAAACAGCAACUUAGCGGUGAGGAAUCAAGUCCAUUAGAAAAUCAAAGUCCUGUAAAAACUGAAAUGCAAACACAGGUUAUCCCAUUAAGAAGUAAGCGGGUUCUCCGAAAGGAGGCAGAAGCAAGUGAUGUUGCUUUGCCACAGAAGCCAAAUGUAGCGUCUUCAGUAGACAGGUCUGCAAGUGGAGAUGACAGCAGUUCUUCCAUAUCAGACAAACCCACAAGAAUGCCAUUAAGGAGUGAAAGCAGUAAGCCUGAAAUGUGCCACCAGUCUGUUACUCAGUCAACCCCAGUGGACAGCAAGAAACUAGCUUUGAGAUCACAGAGAUUCGCUGCACCUUCUACCAGCACUCAUACUACAGCUGGAAGACAGAGUGAUGUAGCUUCCCCUAUCAGAAUAAAGCCAGAAAGAAUAACUAAAGCUCAGGUGAAGGCCCCUCCAGUGUCUGUUGCAUCGGUGUUGCCCCACAGCUCAGCCAUCCCCAUCAUUACACCAAGAUCUGAGCCCCCAAAACAAACUAACAAAUUUUUGGAGACCUUGACUGCAGAAGAAAACCAGCAACUAAUUACAAAUCUGAACAUUAAGUAUGAUAAAAUGCAAAAAGGUUGGUUGCAAAUGGACAAAGAUGGUCAGCCAGUGACAAAAUACAAAAAUAAAGCAGACAGGCAGGCAGCGAUAUGGAAAAGUAAACGCAGGGCGCGGAAAACAAAGUCUUUAGAGCACCAGAAAUACUCACCAGUCCAAAUGCUCUUCAUGAAAGGUUUUAAUCUCACCAGUAUCUGUCGUUGGUUCCUUGAAACAACAGAAACAAAGUCCCUUGUCAUUGUCAAGAAGGUGAAUACACGUCUUCCAUCAGAAACUCAGCUGUGCUUCCACAGCUCAUCUAGUGCUUCAGGGACAUCUCAGGGGGUAUUUCCAAGCCUACAGGCAGAGCGCUUAAAGAAACAUUUGAAAAAGUUUGCCAUCGCCUCUCCUGUAAAGAGCAACCCCAAAAGUCAGAAACUGAUUGCUAAAGCACUGGAGCAAGAGGCAACUGCAGUCAAAGGGAAAGAGAGGAGAGAACUUCCCAGUACUACUGAGACGUUGACUGAGUCACACUCCUCUGCCGCAGCCCGUGCACAGAUAGGUGAAUCCCAGAAAUCCUCUGGUAAGUCAAAGAAUCCAGCAAGUGCAAGGAUCUUGAGGAAAUACUCUAAUAUUCGAGAGAAGAUGCAGGGUCAGCAAACCAAUGUUAGACUGAAAGAGGAGAAAAGACUGGUUACUACAAAGUCUGCCGCUAAGUCAAACUUGAAGCAAUCUCUAAAGGCACAGAAAUCAGCACUAACGGUCAGUAAACGAAUGAAAGAGUCCGCAGCAAAAAUGGAAAGAAGGAAAACAUUGUCUGGAAAAUCUACAAAGCAUCCUGUUCAACAGAGGGCAGUCAAGGCUCAGGGCAGUAGUAGACCUUCAAGAGAUACACCUAAAAAAGAGUUGCCAAAGAGAUGUUCUCAACGACUGGGGUCACCUAAAAUAUCUGAACACAAUUCUGUCGACACACUUAAAAGCAAGGUCGAGAAUAAAAAACAAAUGGAAGAAGAGAAGGUAGAGGUGGAUAAACCUGCUGUGAAUAAAGUGAAUGCUGCAAAGAUCCAAAUAACAGAGUCUUCACAAAGCACAGUGGCUGAAAUCAAAGGUACCGAGAAUGCUGUCGAGACCCCACUGCAGAGCGUGGAUGUCAAGGUGCCCGCCUCACCUGACCAGGUAUUAACAAGAUCCCAGAGAAAAAUGGAGGCGGCAGUCCCUUUGAGUGGGAGCCCCAGUCAUGCUUCAAAGCGGCCCGCAAAGUCCAUGAAAAUACAAAAUGCAUCUCCUAAAUCAGUCAGGAAAGCUGAGGAAGCCACUCUGACAAGAAGUGGGGCUUUAAAGUCCCCUGCAAAGAGAAGUCGGGCAGCCUCGUUGCCAUGCAGUGCAACAAAAUCGGCAACCAAGAGAGGGCAGACGCUUUUAGAGGCCCCGGCUAAGCGCACCAGGACAUCACUUUUAAAGUAAAAUGGACCUGCAGAAAGAGUUUGCGUUUCAUGAGGAUUUUGUGAUUAUAUUUGAUCUGGAAUAUAUUCAGAAGGACCGAAAAUAUCUAUUUUCUACUCUCUGAGAAAACUUCAGAGGAGACCUUUUUCAGGAGGCAAAUAUGUGAAGAAGGAACAGAUUUUUGAAAGUCAUUCAUUUAUGCUUUUGUAAAGCUUCAGUGUGAAAAAUGCAAAUGUGAUGCUGAGCGUUUGCUGUGUUCAGUGACUACAGACAUGUCCUACAUGAUGUCUAGCAGAUGUAGUUGCUGUUUGGCUUUAUGUUUCAGCACUCUACGAGACGGCUGGAGAUAACAAUAGCCUAUCAAACCUCAUUUUAAAAGUUGGGAUAACACACAUCAAACUUUGAUACAAUUAUCAAGGUCACAUUAAAUUCACUCAUUCUGUUUUGUUUUUUCUCCUUUUCCAUUUUGUAUAUAUGUAUUGUUUUAGAUGAUGGCAUGCAUUUACUGUCCAGAGAGCCUGCUAUGAGAAGGGAGCUCAUUUUGAAUAACAUUUUUACUCGCAGCAAGUAGGCAGCUUGUAUCUCCAGCCUGUCUUCCAAUCGCAACAUUGUGAAUAUGUGACUGUUGUGACCAGGUGCCUUAUUUAUGAAGUGUAAAGAAAUACAAUGUAAAAUGUGAAAACUCCUGUCCUUUAGUUAUAACAGCUUUCAAUUCCUGGAGAGGCAGUCGACAUUCAUUUUGCUUCACUAAGUGUGUGCACAUUGUUUCCGUUCCGCACAGUAUGUGCCUCGUACUUCAUCUGUAAAUUCUUAUGUUGACUGAGGCGUUUUGAUUUUCUUAUUUACUCUCACCUUACAGGUUUAUUUUCAGAAGCCCAUUUCCCCAGAGCAUUAACAUGAAAUUGUUAUUAUAGUUGUAUUAGAUGAUAAAGCAAAUACAAGCCUGAAUUGUUAAAACAGACAGUCGUGAUCUGUAUGUGUCAUGACAAAAGUUUGUAUUUUUUAUGUUAUGGGUCAGUUUUCCUUACCGUGUACCUCAGCAGUCACUUCUGACCUUUGCACCCAUUGUUGUUUGCUCAUAAUAGUGACUUCAAUUUGAGUAUUUUACCUGCUUCUGCAGCAUGUAAGUCUUGUUAAUGUGGAGACAGUUUCUGCAACUCUUGCAUUAGAGAUGUUACCCAUAACUAUAUUUAUGCCCCUGAUCUUUGAAAAUACUAACCCCAUUCAAGACUAUGUAUGCACAUUUAGUGUCUGUCAAAAACCUGCACUGAAAAACCAUCUGAGAAGACUUUGGGAUAUGCGCGUGUGUAUCACUCGGUUAACAAAUUCCAGACAGCAAAGGCUUGAAAAGUAUAUGUGUAUUUGGUUGAUUUAAUAUGAAACUGUAUGGCAUCAUUAGCAUUAAUGGCACAUUGCAGGGUGAUAAAUUCCUUCCCUGAUUAUUCACAAGUUGGAUAUGAAGUUUUUGGGGUAGUCCAGUCACACUUCUGAGUUGUGUAUCCGUGUAUGUUGCAGUUUUAUUAUGUUGUUUUUUAUUGUCAUUGACUGUCAGGCAGAUGUUCUCAUAAUGUGAAGUUUCUUAACUUCCACAGUAGUAAUUUACAUUAGUGUAUUGUCAAUUGUCAUUUUUAGCACAGUGUUAAUUUUUUUUUUAUUAUGGUAAUUUCUCUCUAGAGGGUAAAUCAUCUGUAAAUGUAAAGCAUGUCCGUCAUGUUUUUAUUGUUAUUUAAGAACUCCAUGUAGGCUAAUGAAUUUAGCAAAUCUAAAACAGCCCACCAAAUAUCCGACUUGAACAUGUUUAUUCUUUACAGUUGCUAUUUAAAGAUUUUGAUUUUGUAUAUUAGAAAGAAAUAACUGCUUUAUUUGUGGUAAUCUCAAGAAUGAUACAUCUUUAUGUUAAAAACUUUGUAUUUUUGCUGGAGUUGAUAUAAAGAUGUUUGAAUUUUA